AUGGCAGGAGAUCUCGAACAGCUCGUCGACAUGGGCUUCGACCGAGAGAAGUCUGUCUUGGCUCUCAAGAAGGGCGGCAACCUCACAGGCGCCAUCGAUUGGUUAGACAAGAAUGCUGAGACGUCACUUGAGGAGCUACAAGCUGCCGACCAAAAGGACGAGGAAGAGAAUGGCCCCGCUUUAAAACCUGGCGAGCAAGCAAAAAGCAUGGUCUGCAAUGAAUGUCAGAAGAAGUUUCGAUCCAUGGCACAAGCCCAAUUUCAUGCCGAAAAGAGCGGGCACACAGAUUUCGCGGAGUCAGCAGAAGAGCUAGCACCAUUGACAGAGGAAGAGAAGAAGCAAAGACUAGAAGAGCUCAGAGUAAAGCUUGCGGAAAAGCGUGCUGCGCAAUCUGCGGAAGAUAAGCUCGCCCAGAAGCGCAACGAGGAGAUCCGCAAGAAGCACACCAAGGAAGCAGAUGACGCGAAGGAAGUGCUACAGCGUAAGGAGCAAAUCAAAGAGGCGCAGAAAAAGAAGCAGGAGAAGCUAGAUGACAUUGCCGCGAAGAAGCGCAUCAAGGACAAAAUUGAAGCGGACAAGGCAGCGCGCAAGGCCAAAGCCGACGAAGAGAAGCGCAUGCGGGAGAACCCAGCAGCAUACAACCCCGGUGCGCCUUCAGCACCUAUUGCAGGAGGAGCAGCGCUUGCUGCGUCUCAGGCUGCGCCUAAAGCGAACCAUUCCGAAGCUCGUCUACGCUUGAGUCACCCGGGAGGCAACAUCAUGGCAACCAUGCCUGCGGAGACGACCUUGUUCGAAGUAGCGCACAAAGUCAAAGAGGACAGUGGAUUUGAUGUUACAAAGUUCACGCAGAACUUUCCUAGGAAGACCUGGACCACGGAAGAUUUCGGUAUCACACUCAAGGAGGCCGGGCUGGUCCCCAGUGCAGCGCUCAUCGUGGGUUGA